AUGUCGUCUAGAACUUCAGCUGUAUCCUCGACUUUUAGCAGGGCUAGUGCACACGCACUCAGCUUCUCUUCUGCUUCCUCCCUUUCCUCUCCGUUUAGUGGCCCUACGCAUGUCGAUCGCCACGGAUUUCUGAAGUCCUCAUAUCGUGCGGGUGGUCCGGUCCUAAGUUCUCUCCCGGCGUGGACAACGGAUAAUACCUUUACCCACGACGCAGUUCAGUUUCAAAGUCGUGCGCGAGCAGUCCUAGAGGAUCUCAAAAUCCAGUCCUCAUUUGUGAUUCUGAAGGGCCGCUUAUCAAAAGUUGACCCUGAGCCCAUAAUUCUAGUGGUUUAA